UUUAUAAGAAGAUCAUCCUUUUGAGCAUAAAUUUAAUCAUUUAAUGUUAAACCAAUACUUUUUAUUAAUUGACAUAUAAAACAGAAAAAAAGAACUAAUAUAUUUCUUUAACAUAAACUCAAAAAAAAUAAUUAAAUUAUUAAUAGAAUACAUUACCAUAAUAAGCCCAGAUGAAUAAGACGUAGAUAGAGGAUAUGAAUUUCCUUUAGUAAGCCAUGAUAUAUUUAAAUAUAAAAUGCCUGAAAUUAUUCGAGAAUUUUUCGGACAAAGUUAAGAAUUUUUGCAUUAAUUAUUUAAUUUUGUAAAAAAUGAUAAUUACAUAAAUGAUGUUUUAAUAGGAUAUUUUUAGGAUUUAGUAGUAUAUUUAAUUUCAGUUGAACCUAUAAAAAUGAUGGAUUUUUUAUUUUCUAAUUAAUGGAUUUUAUAAGCAUUUUUUAAACAAAUAGCAAAUAAUUCUAUAUAUGUCAUUUUGUAUAACGUUUUUGUUUUUUGGCUUAAUAGAUUGAGUUUAAAAGAUUAAUGUGUUUUUGAAAAAUAUUUAGAUAUUAAAUUACAAUUAAUAAAGGAGAAUCUUUAAAAUGAUUACGCUUGUGAUUUGCUAACUGAUAUUGUAAAUAAUUAUUUCAGUAUAGCUGAAGGUAAAUAAUUAUUGGAUUAUUUAAUAUCACAAAAAGAAAUUUUUAAUAUAUUUUUCGAUAAAAUUGAGUAAAAUAAAACUUAAUAUUGUAAACUAUUAUAUUCUAUAUGUUAAUAUUUUUCAAUUUAAUCAUAAAACUUUUAGAAUAAUUAUCAAGAUUAAACUGAUUUUUACUAAAUAAUACUUGAUUAAUACCAAGAAAUGCCUUUUUUAUAAUGUCUUUUUGAGAAAAUAAAAGUUUUUAAAAAGAUGCUAACCUUUAAUAAAUAAGAAUAAAAAAUAGGAUUUAAGAGAUUAAAAAUAAUUGAACUUUUUAGCCAAAUAAUCCAAAUACAAUUUCCAAUAAUUGAAAAAGAAAUAAAGGAUUAAGAAAUUUCCGAAAUUUUAAUCGAUUUUCUUUUCCAAUUUGAAUGGAAUAACAUUUUACAUUAACAAAUUUAAUGUUUUUUUAUAAAAAGUGUUGAAAUAGAAAAUUUUAUAGAAUCUUUUUAAAAUUUAGAAAAUAAAAUUAUAUAAAAAAUGAGUAGAAAUACCUUUUUUUAUUUUAACGAAAAAGGAAGAACCACAAAAGGAAAUCUAGGCUAUAUUAUUAAAAUAGUACAUCUUAUUUUAGAAAAAAACAAAAAAUUCAAAAACUUAAGAAAUUUCUAUAAUCUAGUCUUUGUUCCUCAUUUAAAAAAUGGGUGUAGAUCUUUGGGAGAUUUUUAUAAUUAUAUAGGCGAAGAUUAAUAGGAAAAUUGCAAUUCAGAAUAUUAAAAAGUGCAUGUAUAUACAGAUUUCGAAAGAAUUUAAAGGAUUAAUAAAGUUAAGUAAAGUUAAGGCUUUUAAGAAUAAUUUACUUAGUUUUUAUAUUUUUAGAAUCAUCAAGUUUAAUAUGAAAAUGAAGAAGUCAUUAGUUAAGAUAAUUAAUAAGAAAUUACUAUAUAAUAAAAGUUAAAUUAAUAGCAAUAAGACUAAAAACCUAAAUAGGAAGACUAAAAACCUAAAUAAGAAGACUAACAACCUAAAUAGGAAGACUAAAAACCUAAAUAGGAAGACUAAAAACCUAAAUAAGAAGACUAAAAACCUAAAUAAGAAGACUAAAAACCUAAAUAGGAAGACUAAAAACUUAAAUAAGAAGACUAAAAUCAUAAAUAGGAAAAAAUAUAAAAAAAAGAAGAAAGAAAUAACAAUAAUGUAAAUAUAGACGAUGAUUAUUUGAUAAAAUAGAAAUAAUAAUAAGAAGAAGAAGAAUAAGAAGAAGAAUAAAAAUAAUAAAUGAUUAAAAAAUAACUAGAAAUAUCUUAAUAAAACAUAAUAUAAUUAGAAAACGAAUAUAAUGAACUUUUACUAUAGUAAGAUUUAAAAACUGAACAACUAUUAGAAAAAGAGAAAUUAAUAGAAACUUAAGAAUCAUAAAAUAAUUAAAUCGAGUCUAAAAAUUAAAUUUUAAUAAAUUAAAUAAUCGAAAAAGACUAUAAUAAACUAAAAUACGAAAAUAUACUGUAAAACAAUUAAAAUAACGUCAAAAUUUUAGAGAUAUAGAACAAUUUUGAAACCAAUAAGCUAUUAUUUGAUGAAAUUUAAGCUAAAAUCAACCAAGAAGAAUAACAAGAAUUAGAAAAAAUAGCCCUAGAAUAUGAAUAAACGGAAAAAGCACUUAAAAAUUAAUACGAAAACGAAUAAAAAAUGGUUCAAAAUAACUUUUUGGAAUUAAAUAAAUUAAUUGAAUUAUAAAAAAAAAAUCUAAUUGACUAAUAAAAAAGAAAAAUUACGGAUAAAAAUCUUAUCUAAAUUCAAUAUGCUUAAGAAAAAUUAUAACUUUUAUAAAACACAUAUAAUGAGUAAAUAAUUUUAGCAAAAAAAUUAGCAUAAACAGAAGGAUAUAUAGAAGAAGAAAUAUAAGAACAAUAAAUAGAUGAAAAUACUUAAAUAAUUGAAAAAAAGGAAGAACAAUAAAUAGAUUAAAAUGCUAAAACAAUAGAAGAACAUGAAGAACAAAUAGAUUAAAAUGAUGAAAAUACUUAAAUAAUUGAAAAAUAACAAGAAGAACUAGAUGAAAAUAUAUUAAUAAGUGAUAAAAAGAAGAACAAUCAAUAUAAUAAGUAUACUAAUCAAUGUCUUAAAAAAGAAUAUAAAUAAACCAAAUAUAAAAAAGUAGUAAUGACGAUGAAAAUACACUUAAAAGUCUCGAUUGUUUAUAAAUCACUGAAAACAAGAAAUGCAACGAAAGUAUAACAUUUAAUAAAAAUAAAAGUGAGUCUUUUUAAAAAAUAAGUCUUUAAAAAAAUAAUUCUAUUUAAAAUAUUGAUGAUGAUUUAAAUUAAUAUUAAGUUCGUAGAAAUUCUUUUAAUUAAUUAAAUUUUGAUACAUAAUAACCAGAUUAAUAAGAACCGGAAUCUCCCUAUGAAUAAUUCGCAACUAAAAAUUAAAGAGAUAAAUCUCCUACACCAAAUAAAGGAUUUAUUAAAAUCAUUUAAUAGUCAAAUUAAACUAAUUAAAUAGUCUAGAAAUUAUCUUUAAAUAAAAAAAAUAGCGGAACUGAUUUAAUGGUUAGUUCAGGAGGAAAUUCCUAACCUAAUUCAGCAUA